GUUUUCUUUUGUUUUAGCCGCAGCCCGUCGGUCGGUGGAAUCACCUGAAACAUGCUGAUCACUCUGCUCCUCACCUUCCUGGUCUCCUCUGCCUUUGCAAAGAAAGACACUGCUCUUCCUCAGCUGAAUGACACCAACGCUGUAGAGGCCUUCAUCGGCUCUGCUGAGGUGGUGGUCAUCGGAUUUCUGGAGGGAGAGGAGAGUCGUGGUUAUAAGGAGCUUGUUGCAGCUGCAAAGCGCGUCGACUCCGUUCCUGUCGCCAUUUGCACAGCGAAGGAGGUGUGGGCUGACUACCAGCUCUCCUCAGACACCAUCACCCUCUUCAGGAAGGCGGAUAAUCACCAGGACAAUCUUGUUGUCGCGGAUGCCAAGAAGCUGGAAACUGAUGGUCUCAUAAAUUUCAUCAGCGUCAAUGAGAUCCGAUAUAUCACAGAAUACAACCAAGUGACGGCAGUGGGCCUGUUCAACUCGGAGGUGAAGUCACACCUCCUGCUCUUUGCCAACAGAGGGACUAAAGAAUUUACUGAGCUCAAGGAGCAACUCAGAGCUUUGGCCCCUGAGUUUACAGGCAAGUUCUUGUUCGUGCUGAUUAAUGGAGCCGUGAAGUCCAACUCUCGGUCACUCGGCUACUUUGGCAUCAAGUCUCAAGACCUCCCACGAGUUGGCAUCUACGACGGUAACUCAGACAUGAAGUGGCUUCUUCCUGUAGGAGAUAUUUCUCCUGAACGAGUGCGGGAGUUUUGCCAGUCGUUCCUGCGAGGAGAACUAAAGGACGUGAAACAGGCUGGAGCAGAACCCAAAACAGAGCUCUAAAACCCAACCUACAAAUGUAAAUACAUUAUUAUACAUUAAAUACAUACAUAAAUGAAAA